GUGGCUAGUACAAUUUGUGUUGUGAGUUUCCUGAAUUACAAACUGCUGCACUAGCUUGAAGUUUUGGGAUGUAGCCAGCAAGCUAGUUGCACGCUUUUUGUAUAUAGUCUCAUUCUAGGGAGUACAUUGUGGUUAGACUUUAAAAUAUAUAUACUUAAAUCACGUGAACUUUAAGUCACGAAGUCUACCAAACGACUUCCAAGUGCUGAGAUAGAAAAGGUUAAUUGUUAGCUAGUAGCACAACAUUGCUUGCUUGCUAGAAAGUUUUGAAAAGUUGGGAAAGGUAGCAGAGCUAGCAACACCAAAAUGAGUUUGAACGAACACUCUUUACAAGCUCUAUCAUGGAGAAAGCUAUAUCUGAGCCGUGCCAAAUUGAAGGCUACAAGUCGGACAUCAGCUCUUUUGUCUGGUUUCGCAAUGGUGGCUAUGGUGGAGGUGCAAUUGGAGCCAGACCAUACAUAUCCCCCGGGCUUGCUGAUUGCCUUCAGCGCCUGCACUACCGUCCUUGUAGCAGUGCACCUCUUCGCUCUCAUGAUCAGCACCUGCAUCCUUCCAAACCUUGAAGCGGUGAGCAAUGUCCACAACUUGAACUCAGUGAAUGAGUCUCCCCAUGAGCGUAUGCACCACUACAUUGAGCUAGCCUGGGCGUUCUCCACUGUCAUCGGCACCUUGUUGUUCCUUACGGAGGUGGUUCUCUUGUGCUGGGUCAAGUUCUUGCCGCUCAGAGGUGGGAAGAUCAACGGUACCAUCAGCUCGGGUGAGGCAGCGGCCAUCGCCUCCACCUCCAUCAUGGUGCCUUUCGGUCUGGUGUUCAUUGUGUUUGCUGUGCACUUCUACCGCACACUGGUCAGUCACAAAACUGACCGGCAGAUCAAGGAGCUCGAGGAGCUGUCCAAUAUCACCCGCCUUCAGAAUCAACUGGACCACAGGGGAGAGUCAGACUGCCUGAGCCCUGUCGUCCAUUUCUAAUACUGAUCAGAAAUACAAGGUUUUACACUUUCAACUAUUUUGUGAAAUGUUUGAUGAUUUUCAUUCGCAUUUAUAUAAAUUUACCAAGUAAUGGUGUCAAUCUGUGUAUUGUAAUUCAGCACUUCACAUAAACCUAAAUACACCAAGAGGGCUUUUCAGUUACUCCGAGCUACAGUUUACAGAAUCAGUCAAAAAACACGAGAUUAUAUACUAUCACUGCCAAUUUCUUAUGACAUGUUAAAUCAUUUACAUUUUACAUUUUUGUAAUUUAGUAGACGCUGUUAUCCAGAGUGAUUUACAGUAAGUACAGGGGCAUUCCCCCCUAGGCAAGUAGGGUGAAGUGCCUUGCCCUAGGAUACGUCAUUUUGGCACAGCCUGGAAUCUAACUGGCAACCUUCAGAUUACUAGCCCGAUUCCCUAACCGCUCUGCCACCUGACUCCCAGAGAAUCAUUGUAUAGUCUCUCUAUCAGUGGAGUAAUGGUACAUGUACUCUUGUUAAUGCGUCAUAGCAGUGUUACAGUGAACAAGUUAUUGGCAUUAUUAAACAUUAACUUUGUGGAACCUACAUUACUGCCCAGUCAUGAGAAACUUAGAGAAAAAUGACUGAUCAUAUUAACCGAAUUGCUGAAAAUUGAUUUCUGUGAAUGUUGAUCUUUUGUGAAUUGUUUUUUUUUUUUAUGUAUUUUGUUACAAAGAAGCAGAUGUCUAACCAAAGAUGUUACAUGUUUUAAAAUACCAAACUUGGAUGAGCUCCUGAAUUUUGCAAGGAUUUUACUCUAAGCCAAUUAUUGUACCCCUUUACAAAGAAAGUUAAACAAAUUAUAAUAUUUCUGUAAUGAAUGCAUCGCUCUGUAUGCAUAGUAUGUACUGCUGUAAUACAACAAUGGUGUUACUUGUGGAUUGAAAAUGUUCAGGGUGCAGAGGUUUUGUUAAAAAACAACAACAAUAACAAAAAACACAAAAAUAAGUUUGUAUAUCUGUAAUGUCACAAGGGAUUAGGAUAACCAAGGCUGGGUACAGAAUUGUCUAAUACUGUAUGAAGACAUCUGGAGAUUCUUCUGAUAACCUUCAGCUAAAAGGAAUGUAGGCUAGUUGUGAAGGGUUGUCAAGGAUACAGUAGAAUGAAACUGUAUUGAGAAGUAUGAGAAAACAGUUUUUAAAGGGUGAACUGAUGACAGUAACUUUUAUACGUUUUGUUUUUGCAUGAUAAGGCUCACUCCAGUUAUAUAUGGUUCCUUUGUGGAUUUUUAGCUUUUUAAAUUGUCCUGUGGCACAUCUGAAAUUUCUUGUCACAUUAUGUGCAAUCUUCAGACUGUUUCAUGUGAAGUAACCUAUUCUAAGCAGAAUUACACUUCACACUUGAAAGGUUACUUCACAUGAUGUCUAUAUAUAUAGAGAGAGAGAGAGAAAGAGAGACUCAUACACUGUAUAUUUCUCUUCUCAGUUAGGUACAGAAAACCACUUUAGGAAAAAGACACGGCAUGGACCAUUGAAUGUGGGUUACUUUCAUGCUUUGCAGUCUUGGUCUGUGUAAUAGGCCUACAGUUUCAUUAAGGAUAUAUUUUGUGCUCUACAAAUAUGUAGUUAUGAACAUCACAGAGGAGAUUGGUUACAUACUCACAUGAACCAUAUGAACUGUUUAUUUAUUCUUAAAGAUUUUAUAUAAAGUAUAUCUACAUAUUUUCCUUUGUUUUAAACACAUGCAAGAGGCAAAUUAUGACUAAUAAAGGUUUUUAUGUUUCAAUUUGAA